CCUGGUACAAAUCAGCAUGGAUGGACCUAAUGUUAAUUGGAAGUUCUUUACAAAUAUGAAGAAGAAACUAUCUGAUGAUUUUGAUACAAUUUUGAUAAACAUAGGAUCAUGUGGACUCCACAUUGUGCACAAUAGCUUUAAAACUGGAGCAACUGCAGCAGAGUGGAAAGUGGAAGCAUUGCUGUCAAGCCUUUAUUAUCUUUUUAAAGAUUCACCUGCAAGGCGGGAAGAUUUCUUACAGAUUUCUGGCAGCACCAGGUUGCCCCUCAAGUUUGUGAAUCACAGAUGGCUGGAGAAUGAGACUGUUUGUGAAAGAGCUCUAGAACUGUGGGAGGACAUACUCAAGUAUGUGAGAGCUGCUGAAUCCAAGCAAAUCACAAAACCAGGGAACAAAUCAUAUGAAACAAUUGUUGAAGCUACCAAGGACAAACUAAUCAGAGCUAAAUUGCAAUUUUUCAAGUGUGUAGCAGGGCAAAUUCAACCAUUUUUGGUUACAUUUCAAAGUGACAAACCCCUAACACCCUUCCUUUCUAGUGAACUGUGCAACCUCCUAAGAUCAUUAAUGCGAAGGUUUAUGAAGAAAGAAGUUUUGUCAGAAGCUACAACUGCUGAUAAGCUUGUCAAACUUGACGUCACCGAUAAACAAAUCCAUGUAAACUACAAAAAGAUUGACAUUGGUUUCUUAACUGAAAAGGCACUAAAAGACUCUGUUGGAGCAAGUGAAAAGCAAGUUUUGGAAUUCAGAUUGCAGUGCAAGACCUUUCUGAUAGAACUUCUACAGAAGCUUUUGACCAAAUGUCCUGCUUCAUAUUCCUUGGUGAGAAAUUUGAGUGCUUUGAACCCCAGAGAGAUGGCUUCUGAUGCAGACCAGUCCAUAUCCAGGUUUAAAAGGGUUGUAUCCCAACUUGUGAAUGUCAGAAGGAUCAAAGAAAGUGACUGUGAUGCCAUAAUCCAGGAGUACACUAGUUUUCUGGACAACAUACCAGCCUUUGGAUCUGAGAAGUUUUUGAACUUCAAAUUUAGUACUGACAGAUUAGAUGAGCUGUUCAGCACUUAUAUGAAUACCGAGUCUUACCAGAAGUUGUUUAAAGUAGUACAGCUCCUUUUAGUCCUGUCUCAUGGUCAAGCUUCAGUAGAGAGAGGUUUCUCAGUGAAUAAGGAGCUUGAAAUUGAGAAUCUAGCAAAUCAAUCACUCGUGGCUCAACGCCUUGUGUGUGAUCAUUUAAAUGCUGUUGGUGGCGUCUUGAAUGUACCUCUUACCCAGCCUUUACUCACCUCAUGCGCAGGAGCAAGAAAACGUUAUGAAAGGUACCUGGACCAACAACGACAGAACAAGAAAUCUGAAGAAGGAAGUCGGAAGCGGAAGUCUUUGUUGGAUGAAAUUGAGGAACUUAAAGAGAAAAAGAGGAGAAUGAAUGAGGACAUUGACUCUUUAAUUAAGUCGGCAGAUAAUUUGUCUGAGAAGGCUGAAUCGACCAGAGAUAUAUCUUUUGUGACACAGUCAAAUUCUCUAAGAAAAACGUCCAAAGAGAAGGCAGAGGAACUAAAGAACCUAGAGAAGAAGAUGGAGGAGAAACUUCAGGCAUUAAAAUCCUGUUAAUUGAAAAGGUGCAUGUUAUUUACAUUAUUUAACCUGUAACAUUACACUAUUUACAUUUAUUGGUGGGUCCUUGAAAAAUAAAUUCGGU